AUGUACAAUGCACACUGGCCUGACGAUGGCGACGACAACUACACCAUCAUACCCUCAGGAUAUCGCUUGCCCACCUCCGUUAACCCCAUCCAUCAGAAUUGGAUUGACCUGAGCGGCUAUCAAAACUUGUUAUUGCAAUAUUAUAUGAAACAUGUUCUUCCUAUUCAGUUCUCUCAUGCCGACGGGUCCGUUCACGCCAUCGUCUGGAAUCUCAUACAUUCCAGUGAUGCAGCCCAAGAGGCUGUAUAUUUACUUGCGGAUUUGCACCGCAGGAGUACCCAAGGUGGUUCGAUUGGUUACAGUGCCCCAGAAAGCCAUGAUGUGUACAGACGCAUCCAAAGGGCUAUAGAACCAGUUACGGAAGGAGACGCUUUUGCAAGUCUUUGCAUGAUCUCCUACUGCCUCAUCUCCGGCGGUCAAGGGCAAUGGCGAGCAUUCCUCGACAGUGCUUGCCGAUUUUCCCUCGACUUCCUCGAGCGGAACCCCCCUUCUCCAGCCAGUGCAUUGUCAUCCUGCACAGACAGCAUGCAGUUUAUAAUCAAGACGUCCAUGUGGCUUGACGUCCUCGCCUCAGUAACUUUGAUCCGUCGUCCCAUGUUUGAAGUACUCCGGCUGCUCAAUGAUCUGUCUGGCACUGCCCUCGUGGACGGCAGGCCGGAGCUUUCAAUGAUGAGCGUCAUGGGAUGUGAAACCCGCAACGUUAUCGCCCUCGCUGAAGUUGCUGAUCUCGCAUGCUGGAAGGAAGAUCUGGGGCGCACUGGUAGCCUCAGCGUUCCUGAGCUUGUCAGACGCGGGCAACGUAUCGAAACCAUGCUGAAGACCACCAAUAACGAUAACCCCCGCCCUGCUGACACAGGAGGACCUCGCCUACGGCGCCUCACCUCUGACGUAUUCCGCGCGUCUACCGUUGUCUAUCUCCAUUCCGUUAUAUCCGGAGACCACCCACAAUGUCCAGAGAUCAUGGACAAUGUCGCAGAAACAAUCAAGUGUCUCAGGCGCGCUGAAGACGUCAGCACAGCGAGCCAUGUCGUGCACAGUAUGAUAUUCAACAUAUGCGUCUGCGGCUGCCUAACGGAUGUCCCCCAAUUCCGCGAUUACUUCCUGCAACUCCUGCAGGAGCAGCAGAUGGAGACAGCGGGGAACUGUGCUCUGGCCUGUGAUCUCAUGAGGCGAGUUUGGACGAGCCGAGAAGGGGGGAUGCCUGUGGACUGGCGUGUAGUCAUGCGAGACAUGCUUCUUGUUUAA